UCUUUGCUCCGCACUCUGCGAAUCUCAUAUUUGUGUUAUUGUUUACUUAAAUCUCAUAGAAUAAAGUUAUUUAAAUCGAAUUAUACAAAAAUCCAACAAUGGGCCAAGGCAAAAGUCAGUUUACUGAGGAAGAAUUACAGGAUUACGAGGAUUUGACCUACUUUACGAAGAAGGAAGUAUUGUAUGCUCACCAGAAAUUUAAAGCCCUAGCUCCUGAGAAAGUAGGACACAAUAAGAAUGCAAAAUUACCAAUGACAAAGAUUCUGCAAUAUCCGGAGUUACGAGUAAACCCUUUUAGAGACCGCAUUUGUAAAGUAUUCAGCUCCAGUAAUGAUGGGGACUGCACCUUCGAAGAUUUCCUCGAUAUGAUGUCUGUGUUUAGUGAGAUGGCACCGAAAGCUGUAAAAGCUGAACAUGCUUUUAGGAUAUUUGACUUUGAUGGUGAUGAUAUGAUUGGAGUAUCAGAUUUACGAGAAGUGAUUGAGAGGCUGUGUGGUCCAGAGCUCAAGCUGACUGACUCUGAGAUACAGCAGCUAGUUCAAAAUGUUCUGGAAGAGGCGGACUUAGAUGAUGAUGGAGCCCUAUCCUUUGCAGAGUUUGAACAUAUCAUUGAUAAGAGCUCUGAUUUCUGCCAUGCAUUUAGAAUAAGGCUAUAAACUCAAGAUCUCUCAACAUACUCUACAUGCUGUCACAACUUGAAAACAUAAGUACUCAUACAUUCUCGAAGUAAUACCUCUAGAAAACUGUAGUUAUUUAGUCUCAAAAGACUUUUAUUAGAUUUUACAAACUUACAGCUAGGGACUAUUACAGACAGAUCAAUCCCUGAUCAGUUUAAAAUAUUAUUUUAAUUACAUGGCAAACAUAUUAAGCCACAUCUCAUUUUAAAAGAAAGUGGUAAUGUAAUUAGAUGAAAGCCGCACUUCCCAGCUUGGUGACUAUUUCCUUGGCUGGUUUUAGUCUUCAUUCAUAUAACAGAGCUGAAGAAAAAAUUCUUUCAUCAUGUGCAAGCUAAUAAGUCAUUAUUUUAAGAUCAGGCUGAUCUGUCAACUAUAGUCCUAAGCAAGCUUUAAUAACUGUAUUUUUUUUUAUCACAAAAUGAGCUGAAUUCAAAUGAAAAAUAAUUUAUAGUACCUAUUGUGAACUUAAAAAAACGAAAUAAGAACUAGUUAAUCUGCAUUCUCUAACUUUGAUAGUAUUUGUAUUUUGUUUGUUUGUUUUUAUUAUUUAUGUAAAAAAACGCAGAAAUUGUAUGUUGGAAAGUGCAUAACUGAACAACACAAAUUAGUUGGUAGACUGUUAGUAAAUUUUUUUUUGUUUAUUGAGACCAUGAGAAGAUUCAAGGAAACAUUUUUUAGAAAAGUAGAGUAAUCAAUCCUUUUAUGUUUAGUGAACAAACUGGAUUUCGUGAUUUCUAGUAGUAAAAAUACAUUUUACAAGUUCUUUAUAAUCCUAGCAGUAAUAGUUCAUAAGAAUUGUACAAUAAUACUCGCAUUUUACAAUUUUUAUGUAAAAAGCAUUUAUUGACUUAUCUCAUUAAUUAUUAUUCAAAAGCAAUUUCUUAUUUAAUGUUAAAAUUAAAUCUCCUUUGUUGGUAUUAUCAAUUGUGUUAGAUUUAAUUGGUUUGUGAUGUCUUCAUCUUUUAACUUUUUGAAUGCCGUAGUCUAGCUACAGAUAACAAACAAAAAUAGGCUAAUGCCGAACUGAGCUGACCAGAAUAUAUCAUACUAGCUACUCUCGCGCGGUUUCACCCGCUGCUCGGCUGCAUUUAAUCGUAGCGUGAUGUUUUAUAAACCAUAGCACUCAGGAACAUUGUAGCUAUCUAUCAGUGAAAAAAUUUUAGCAAUCCAACCAGCGGUACCAAGGAUUACCUCCUUCAUACAAAACUUAUAAAACCUCUUUAUAAUAUUAGUAAUAGUAGAGAUUAAAAGUACAUUUUGUUUGUCGUCUAUAGCCAACUAUGGCAUUCAAAAGGUUAAUAAAGAAUAUUUUAUUGAAAUGCCAAAUAAUUGUUUAAUAAAGAAAGAGUGAUUGUGUUAUUGUAUUGUAAUGAAAUUUUUAUUCAAAGUUUUGUAUUAAAUUUUACAUAAAUUUUUAUAUGUAGGUAGGUAUGUAUGUACAGUAUAAACUACUAUGUAAUCUGACAUUGUUUUAUUGAUAUUAUAUAAAACAAGUGAUAAGGAUGAAUGAAGUGUUACAGUAUAUAAUAUUGAUAAUAAUAAUACUGCACAAAUAAGACAUAAUUCUCUCAAAAUGAAAUAACAUUGUAAUGAAUAUAAAAAAUAUUUAUUAAACUUAUUUAAAAUAAAAACAUGACUUUGCUUACUCUAAUUUAGUAAACAAUCAGUUCUGUAAGUAUCCUGGAAGCUUCAUCCUCAUGAAUAUCCAAGUAGUAAAGAAAGAAACAAGAAUACAUAGGAAGGCUACUGAGAUUAACAAAAUUCUAUUCAGUUUUGGAGUGGUGGGGUUGUGUGUGCGGUCCAAAAUUAUAAAUCCGAGACCACCGAGUGAGAAGAGGAAACUGGAAGCCAAUCCUUCCAUAAUAUAUUGUCCGUUCACUCGAUUAGGCAUAAAGGCGACCGGCCUACUGUGUCCAUGUUCAUCGGUCGUUGAACCCACGCUCGGAGGCUCCACAAUAACAUCGUAUAUGAUACCUACAAUAAAAAAUAUGAAUUAUUAGACUACAUUAUAGAGUAUUCCAAUAAGAAACAAAUUAAUAAUCUCACAAAACAAUUCUCUAACCUCCGGUCACUAAAAAGUAUGAAAGAAGCACCAGGGAGAAGGUUGUCAUGGCAGAUGGCGGUUGCAGCCAUGUCGGUUUUUUAAUUUUAAUGUUAGGAACUUCUAGAACAGAGAAUGGUAUUGCGAAUAAAGCUUCCAUUUUUCGAAUCUAAUGAAACAAGAACCGAUUUUGUUGAACGCCUGUUGACGUCGAUGACAGCAUUAUCUGUAUUUUAG